CUGAAUAAUUGUUUUCAAAACGCAUGCGCGUAAAAUUUUUACGUGUGUGCACGUGUAUACGAAUCGAAUGCUAUUUGUGUUAUUAUUAUGACUGUCAUUAUUUAUUCACUGUUAUUUUUGGCGAUUCGUAUCAUUUGUCAUUCAUAAUUUCUUGACUGUCGAAGCAAACGCAUAUGUAUUUUGCAAUUGAAAAUCAAAAUGGGAGAGAAGAAAUUAAAUUCACAUUUAUGUAGAACUAAUGAUUUAAUGACAGACAAAAAUUACACUGUACCAGUAAGGUUAUGGGAAAAGUUACAAAUAAAUGAACGAAGUUUCAGUUUUUUACUGUUCAUAAUAUCAUUGACUAUCGUCUUGGGAAAAAUAUAUAUAAAUUAUGGUAGUAUUUUACAGCUGCAAAAUAAUGUUAAAUAUCUAGAGUCCUCAGCAUCUAUAUUUUCAAAUAUGUCUAAUAUAUUUGAUCUAUCACAUAUACCUGAUGUAUCAGAGUUCAAAGUAAAACAAUUAGCAGCUAUAAGUGAGAAAUUUGUUAAUGGUAGUCAAUACGAUGAUGUUGUAAAUGUAAUGACAUCAGUUUUUAAAACAUAUGGAUGGCUCAUAAAAGCAGCAGUAUGUGGUCUUAUUAUGAUGGGUUUUACUUGGUUUAUAAUUUACAAAGAUAGCAGUAUUCCUGGAAUCAAUCCACCUUCCCCUUUUAGUCCCUCUAAACACAGAUUUUCAAAAGUAUCGGGAGUACAAUUAAAUUAUUUAAUUGGAAUAUUAAAUGGGAUAUUAAUUUUUGUCUACAUGUGUCUUUAAUAUGUUAGAAGUAUCACAAAAAAUAUGGUAGUAUUUAUGUAUAUUAAAAAGAGUUGUAUAACGUUCCACAGUGAUCAUAUUUAUUAUUUAUAUUGUACUAUAACUAAUAACAU